CUGCCCUUGACAACAGCUAAACAGGAAUAGGCUCAUGCUUAAUCUGACAGCCCUGGAAUGUGAAACAUUAGUCUAUGACUUGAAUGCAGAGACUGUACCUUGCCUCCUUCAAGUUGAACUUGUGGAAUUACUAUUGCAAUGGCUGAGCAAAUGCAGAUUGCAAGGAAACUGCUUGAAUUUCGUGAUUCCAUUUCACUUUCCAAGUCUGAAAGACAAGUCAGGAGGACAGGGAGGCUGAAGCAGUGGCAACUGGAUAGAUGUCCACACUUAAACUCAUCAUUGACUCACUCACUGGAAAACAAAAAGACAAUACUGUAUGAGGCUGCCUGGAGAGGAGAUCUAGAGCAAGUGAACAUCUUACUCAACUAUGGGAUAUCUGUAAACUGUCAGGAUUAUAGAGGAUGGUCUCCACUUCACAUUGCUUCAUGCUGUGGGAAUCUUGCUUUAGCAAAAUACCUUUUACAUAAAGGAGCGACUGUCGAUGUGAGGGAUCUCUGGAACUAUACUCCCCUUCAUCGUGCUGCAUGGAAUGGACAUACAGAGUUGGCUGAGUACCUCUUACAAUGCAGUGCAUUACCCAAUGCAUUGACCUCUUCUGGAGAAACAGCAAUGCAUUUAGCUGCAGCAAAUGGCCACCUGCUCUGUAUCAAAAUAUUGAUCAAAUAUAAUGCUUCACCCAGCAUCAAAGACAACAACAAGUGGAUCCCGCUACACUGGUGCUCCAUUAAUGAUCACAUAGAUGUGCUGGAUUACUUAAUGUCUCUUAGAGUCUCCCUGGAAGAAGAAAGCGACAUAAACUUGACCAUGCUCCACCUGUCUGCAGUGGCUGGGAACAUACAAGUUACAAACUAUAUGUUAAAGAGAAAAGUAGAUGUGAAUGGGACGGACACAAGGGGGAUUACUGCUCUGCAUCUAGCAGCGGAAAAUGGUAACAAUGAGAUGGCAGAGUUCCUGCUGAGGAAAGGUGCCUCCUUGCAUUCAUUAGAUAAAAACCAUCUCACCCCAUUACACCAUGCUACAGGACGAGGCUAUGCUGAGACAGUGAGACUGUUACUAAAGGAGGGAGCUCUUGUACACUGCAUUGAUUUGCUAAACCUAACACCUCUACACCACGCAGCAUACAGGGGCCACAGUACAGUAUGUUUGUGUCUUCUACAACAUGGUGCAGAUGUACAUGCAAAGGACUGGCUUGGGAAGACAGCACUGCACCUGGCUGUAGAGGGGGGGCAUGUUAGUGUGGUUAAAACUCUGAAGGAAUGGGGAGCUGAUCCCUGUGCUAAAAGCAAGUGGAAUGAGACUGCUACAGAUAUGGCUGUGCAAGGCAGUUACAGGGAUAUUAUCAAUAUUUUAAACAUGGGGGGCAUGAAUUUAUGCUAAAAUUAACGGUCAAUGCAAUCAUUGCAGUAUAAAUCCUACAAAUAGCAUUUACUUUAUUAUAUAAGUGCAUGUUCCAUUGAUAUUACAAUUUAUUCUCCACACAAAUAUCAAGACAGUUUACUCAUAUGAUAAACUAACAAUGCAGGCUUCAUUAUUAAAUAUACUAGUAACUUUUCAUCAGUUGUCCUAUCUCCUUCUAACACACACCACAGUCUGAUGUUGCCACCAACUUAUGUUAAUGACAAUUAGAGAUGUGCACCAGACCAUUUUUGCUGGUUUUGAUUCUAACCCGUUAUCUGGUUUUGGUUUUAUCUAAACGUUGUGACUUGGUUUUGUUUCAAAAAAUGACAAAAUAAAAGCUAAAAUCACAUAA